AUGGUAGUUUCCGAGAAGUGUAUUCUUCUAAAUGUAUAUCGAUCGUGUACAACAAGUGUUUUCGUCAAGCUCUUUGGGUCUUCUUCUUCUUCUUCAUCGUCUCUCCACGAAACACCUUUACGCUAUCGUUGACGUCUCAGAUGAUCCAAUAACCCGCGUCUCCCUUCCUCACAGGUAACCACCCUAGCUAUCGAACUUUGAUCGAUCCUCUUUGUUCAAUCGUAAUAACCGCUCUAGAGAUAAGAUCCUCACGAUUCACUCGACCACCUCUAGAUUUUAGAUCUGUGUCGUUUUAGCCAUGGAUUUUCCCGAGAAUCUGCCAUCACCAGACAUAGGAAGAUUAGAGCAGAUCGUAUCUCACUUCUUCCCGAAGGCACUGCACAUCGUCCUCGACUCCAGAAUCCCUUCCUUGCAAUCCCGUGGCCGUACUCGCGACCGUUCAUCGGGUGGUCUCAACGUCAAAAAGAGCGAUAAAUGGUUCAAUCUCAUAAUGGGAGACCGUCCCGCAGCGUUAGACAAGUUACAUUCUUGGCAUAGGAACAUCUUGGAUUCGAUGAUCAUCGACAUCAUCCUCAUCCAUCCCACUGACGAUGAUGAUGAUCAUGGCAAUGUACGAUCUGCCGAGACUGUGAUCGAGCGUUGGGUUGUUCAAUACGAGAAUCCGUUGAUCAUGUCCCCUCAAACCUCUGAUCCUUCCACUCGUUACCAGAAGGUUUACAAGAAAGCUAUCAUUCUGCUGCGUUCUCUCUACGCUCAGACUCGGCUUUUGCCUGCCUACCGUGUCUCCAGGCAGCUGAGUUCGUCUCUUGCGUCUUCCCGGUAUGAAAUGGUCUACAAGGUUUCGUCUUUCAGCGAUGUCUUCUCUCCUCCCGUGACUGAGACCAUGAAAGAGUUUCGCUUUUCUCCUGUUGAAGUGCCUCCUGGUCGUCUCUGCGCAUCUGUUACUUACCGUUCUGACUUGUCUGACUUCAAUCUCGGUGCUCACAUCACAUUGCCUCCGAGGAUCAUAACCGAUUACGUUGGGAGUCCCGCCACGGAUCCUAUGAGGUUCUUCCCUUCUCCAGGGCAGAGCUUUGAAGCUACUUCUUUUCAUUUUCAAGGUAGAGCUGGACGGCCUCCGUUGACUACUAGCUCAGCUUCUGAACGUCCCCAUAGCUGGACCAGUGGCUUUCACAGACCUCCUACCCCAAACCAAUCUUUCUCCCCUGAUUUCCACUGGUCCCGUACUGAUGGUGGUGACAGUCACCACCAGCUUUCUCCUCCCUUUUCGCCAUCAGGUUCUCCUUCUACUCCAAGAGGGAGUUACAGUCCAAGGAUUAAUGUGAGGCCUGGUACUGCUCCAGUGACCAUUCCUUCUUCAGCUACGUUCAAUAGAUACGUUUCAUCUAACUUCUCUGAGCCAAGUAGGAAUCCACUCCCUCCUUUUUCCCCUAAAAGCACCAGACGCUCCCCUUCAUCGCAGGACUCUCUGCCUGGGAUUGCUUUGUACAAGAGUUCGAGAAGCGGAGAAUCUCCUUCUGGACUAAUUAACCACUACCCUGGCCACAAGCUGACAAAGGACAGCAAAUACGAUUCAGGCCGGUUCUCUGGACUGCUCUCUUCAAGUGGCUCACCAAGAUUCGGCUUUUCUAGGAGCCCGAGUAGAUUAUCUUCGGAUUUGGAGGACCCUGAUUGUUCAUGCCCUUUUGAUUUCGAUGAUGUUGACGAGUCUGUACUCCAGUACAGCCAAAGUCUUGACCGGAGGAAAACUUCAAGCUCUAUAUCACAGUCGCUACCUAUAGGGAGGAAGUCACAGGACGCAGCGGUUGGAGUCCUGGUUCAGAUGCUAAAGACAGCACCGCCAUUACGACAAGACUCAAGCACUUACAUGGCGUCAUCAAUGUCUGGUGUUCAGAGAGAAGGUAGUUCAGUGUCAGGUGCAGAAUCUGAAUUUUCGAUGGCUCGAAGUACAUCAGAUGCACUAGAGGAGCUCAGAAACUACAAGCAGCUCAAAGACUUGCUUCUCUCCAAAUCCAAGAGUGUUGGAGGAGCAACUCGUGUCCACUGACCCAAAACCAAAAGAGCAAUCAAGUUAUGAGUUAAUUAUCUGAUGAUUGUUUGUAAAUAUGGAUUUGAUGACUAUUACUUCAGCUCACGUUUUAGUUUCUGUAAACGAACCUUUGAGAAAAAGAAAGAAAAAAAGAGUGUGUAAAAUAACUUACCUUUCAAGUUUCAAUAUGUACAUAAGUACUAAUAAAGUUUGAAAUCUUUUCAUUUCAA